AGCUAUACCGGUCACACUGUUCUGCCUCUCUCUUUCCACGUGCGUUUCAAUCCAACGAAAUCACGCGUUGUCCAAUCUGUACUUGACUUUGUUCUAUUUGUGCCCCUAAUACUCGAAAGUCUGCUAAAAUGGCUCAAAAGAAAGCCGUAGCCGCGAAGGCCAAAAAGGCCGUGAACGGAGUGGAGAAGCAGGUGGCCAAGCGUGGGGCGAAGGCGACUAAGGUGCAGGAUGAGGAGGAGAUCGUGGUCGCACAGUCGCCCGCUAAGAAGUCCAGGAAGCAGCCGGUGAAGGAUGUGCCGCAGUCCAGCGAGGAGGAGUCCGACGCCGAGGAGCAGAAUGGCGACCAAGCUGAGGAUGACAGCGACUCUGAGGCAGAAGAAGCAGAGGAUUAUAUUGACGACGAGGCUGAGGAAGAAGACGAGGACGAUAGCGAUGAUGAUGUGGAGCCUGGUGAGGUUUCCAAGAGCGAAGCCGCGGAGGAGGAUGAAGACUCCGACGAUGAUAACGAGUCACCUGUAGAGGAACCAGUGGCCAAGAAGGGCAAAGAAACUAAAACCCCUGGAAAAUCGACCGCUGAAGAAACAGAGGAAAAUGGCGGCAUUCCAAAAAUACGCGUUGGCAGAAUUCCCCCAGGAACGCCUAAGAAUCAGACCAUCUACGCCACAAACUUACCAAAUGAAUACAAACACAAAGAAGUGGUUGCCGUUUUUGCAAAGUUCGGACCUAUCUCCGCACUGCAUCGUGUUAAAACCAAGGAAGGCGUCAACUCAGUCAUCAUUGCCUUUGAUUCUCCAGCUAGUGCCGAAGCCGCACUACAGGCCAAGCCGAAGGCGCUAACCCUUGAAGACAAUGUGUUGAAAGUAUCCCAGCUGAGAAACAAGGAAUCCUUCUCCGAGCGCACCGUGGUGGUUGGCCUGAUUGGACUAAAAGUCACCAAGGAGGACGUGAAGGCCAAUUUCGAGAAGGUAGCUUCCGUAGAGUCGGUCACUUUGUCCGCCAACCGCACCAAUCCGGUAGCCUUUGUACGUUUGGCUUCAGUCGAUGACGUCCCCAAGGCCCUCAAACUGAACAGCACCGAGCUCUUCUCUCGCUUUAUUACGGUGCGAGAGCUUUCGUACAAGGACAAUCACCCGAAUACCAAUGAAACUACCCUAGUCGUCGAAAACUUGGGCAAACACGAGUCAUUUAGCUCCGACGCCCUUGAGAAGAUAUUCAGAAAGUUCGGCGAGGUGGCCUUUGUGGACAUAGUGUGCAGCAAGUCGGUAUUGGCCUUUGUCACGUUCAAGCACUCGGAGGCAGCCACGAAGGCUCUAACCCAACUCCAGGGAAAGACUGUUAAUAAUGUGGAGCUAAAGCUGCAGCGCUUCGAACGUAAUUCCGCGGCGAGGACCAUUUUGGUGACGAACCUUUCCUCAGAUACUACUGAAGCCGACCUGCGAGAUUUGUUCAAAGAAAGCGGCAAAAUCGAGAGCAUCCAGAUGCUGGGUAUCAAGGCUGUAGUGAAGUUCACUGACGACGACGGAUUUUGCAAAUCCUUCUUGGCCAACGAGCGUAUUGUAAACAACCAGCCCAUUUUUAUUGAACCUAACUCACACUUAAGGUACAGAUUGAUGAAAAAACGUUCCGGUACCGGCCACUCUUAUGCCCCCGCCAAGUUCCAAAAAAACGUGAACAAUAACUUCGGCAAGAAGCCCUUUAACAAGCGUCCGGCACAGGAAUUUAGUCGCAAACCGUUUGUGAAGAGAGCAAAGUUUUAGAGCUUGAAAACCUAAAAUGCUCUAGUUUUAAGUUGUGCAGUAACAUUAAUACGGCCACAAUCCCUUUAAUCCCAUGUCGCCUAAUGCAAUGGAUUUAGUCGUUAAGAAAUUCACAUACAAAUUUGUACUAGCCGUCUCUUAUAGCGAUUUUGGCUUGCAUAAGCAACAAAUCUAAAACUAAAUAAAAGAGCCCACAUUUGACUUAGCAGUGGAAUUUUAAUACAA